AUGAGUAAACCUUCAGGAGUAAGACAACAAGAAAGACGGGAUCAUGAUAUGGAGAAUUUUGGUGAUGAACAAGUACAGCCUUCCUCUCCGUUGAUGGAACACCAAACAAAGAAGCUGAAGAACCUUGAUUCAAUGGAAAGUACAGACUUUAUGAUGUUGCAGGAGAAAAUAUCCCAACAUAAUGAAGGUAAUGGAUUUGUCUUUGAAACGGAAGAACAAAAAACCAUUUUUGAGAAGCUAAUCACUGUUGAGAGUGAUCCUUUCAUCAUCACCAAUGCACCAUUGUAUGAAAAAAUAACCACCGGGCUUAGAGAACAAUAUAAAAUGAUGCAACACGAAGAUGGGGGCUGUUCCUGGUGGUCCUUACAGUCCGCUGUAACGGAAAUUAAUGAGAUGCUAAGUCAAGGCGAGAAGGAUGCAGAUGCAAUUUUGUCUGCUCUCAAAGGCUUGAAACCUGCAAGAAUACCCACACCAUAUGAUUUAUUUUUGCAAUCCCAGAAAUCUCUACCUCCCAACGCAAGUGUAUUCACAACCAUGAGAAUGGUCAAUCAUUUGUUAACCUAUCAAUUUAGGUUUAAAAAAAACGUUCGUUUCGGAAUACAACUUGUGGAGCGUUCUCAGGUGUUAUUUCCAGAUGCUUUUGCUCAAUUAGAUAAUGCAAUUGGAGACUCUACAUUGGUGUUUUUCAAAUGUGAAGGACUAAAAGCAGAGACUUUGAAACAUAAAGACAAUUUCAGAAUGUAUGUGGAAAUGAAAGGCAUGCUUAGAGAAUGGAUGGAUGCUCUUGUCAUUCACGAAAAACAUACAAUAGAAAACGCUCAAAUGAUUAAGGUUUAUGGGCUGCUUGUUUCCAAAUUCCAAUGUAAAUUUCUUGAAGGAAGUAUAAAGAUUCAUGAUGAUCACAAUAUCUCAGGGGAAAAACCUUUCAGAUAUGCAAUUAAGGAAUCAAAUUAUAUUGAUUUGGAAACAAUCGAUGGUGUUGCUGAGUUUACAACUUUUAUAGAGAUCAUUUGUGAGCAUGUAUUUAAAUGCAAACUACAAAUAGCAAAUGACAUUCAUGGAGAGAAGGGGAUAUUGUCAAGUAAACCAAUCCUCUAA